GAGAAUUUCUCAUCUGAAGCGCAGUAAAAUCGAGUUAUUAUCAUUCGAAUGAGGCGGCAUAUCGCACACCAACUGGCUGCACUGCUCUGAAGCCCUGACGCAGAUACCAAAAUGCUGUCUCUCUUGUCGUCGGUAGCCUUACUCGGUCUUGUACUCGUAGUAUUUUUCCUAGCCGUUGCGAUCCUUCGUUCCAUUCAAAAUCUGUUUUUUCAUCCUCUGGCAAGAUAUCCAGGUCCCCGCCUAGCAGCCAUCUCCCCAUUAUUACACAUUUAUCAUUUCAUUGCCGGCGAUGCUGUUAGAUGGCUCGAUAGACUGCAUCACAAGUACGGAGAUGUCGUCCGUGUCGAGCCCAACCGCCUGAGCUACAUCGCUCCUCAAGCAUGGAAGGAUAUCUACGGACACGCUACAGCAACUCGCAAGGCCAAUCCCAAGGAGAGGAAGAACAGCAAAAACCUCUUCUCUAACGGAAGCUACUCCAUUUCGUCAUCACACGGUCCCGAGCAUCAACGCCUUCGCAAGAUUUUUAGCAAUGCGUUCAGCGACCGCGCUAUCACCAAGCAGGAGCCCAUGCUUUCGCUAUACGCGCGCCAGAUGGUCGAUCUCGUACGACGUGAAAUUAAAAAAGGUGCGGGUUCUCCCGAAAGCACCGUCAUGGAUGCCGUUCAGCUAUUCAACUUCGCCACGUUCGACAUCAUGGCUGAUCUAGCAUUCGGCGAGUCGCUGGGUUGCCUCGAAAAGGGCGGGCCCAACGCAUGGACUGACGCCGUUUCGGUGAACUUCAAGAGGAUGAUCAUUAGGGCGAGACUCAGGCCGUACCCUGUGCUAUCAUACUUCUGGCACCUAUUCCAGCCGGCGCAAGACAAGAAGGCUGCCGCCUUGCAUGUCCAAAGCUCCCACGAACGCGUCACCAAGCGGUUGGAGAAGGGUGCCGACGCAAGAAAUGACAUUUGGGGACUUGUUCUGAGAGCCGAGGGACCCAACGCCUUGAGUCGUACCGAAAUGAACAACAAUGCCAACAACUUUAUGAUAGUGGGCACCGAGACAUCAGCGACUGCACUGAGUGCACUCACAUAUUUCCUGCUGACGAACCCACCCAAGCUCCAGCGGCUUGUGAAGGAGAUUCGGCUGAGCAGUGACUCGAGUCAGCUCACCGGCGAAGUUUUGAGGGAGAUGCCGUAUCUCCAAGCUUGCUUGACUGAAUGCCUCAGAUUGCACCCCCCCGUUCCCACGGGAGGUAUGCGCGUCAUAGGCGAAGGCGGCAACACCAUUCUUGGCCAUCUCCUUCCUGAAGAUACAAAAAUGUCGAUUGCGACAUGGACAGCCUUCAGGACCUCGCGAUACUGGAAAGAUGGCAACGCAUUUGUUCCUGAGCGAUGGAUUCCCGGCGAGCCUGGCUACGAAGAGUAUCAAGCAUACGACAGGCACAGCGUAUUUCAGGUAUUUGGCGCCGGGCCUCGCGCUUGUAUUGGCAAGAAUCUGGCAUUGCAAGAGAUGCGUCUCAUCUACGCCAACCUUUUGUUCCACUUUGACCUGGAGCUGUGCCCGGAAAGCGAGAGGUGGAUGGAAAACCAGAAAUGUUGGACUCUGUGGUUCAAAGACGAUCUUCCCAUAAAGCUGUCUACGAGGAAAUCUUCGUGAACGUUGUCUAACUUGGAUUAAAAUGCGUCAGAGCUUGGUUCAAUUCUUGGUUCUCCCUUACUUCUCAGGUGUCGGUCUAUAAGGUUUCCUGUAGCUCCUUAGUCUGUCUGUUAAAGCAGAGCUCUGGUACUCUGUCUUCUAGAAAGGAUUCUGUUUAGGC